AUGCAUUAUAACCCGAGACAGGGCAGCUACUUGUCCGAAGUUUGCGGGCAUGUCGUCAUGGGAGCAACGGAUGCUGGUGCUUGGAUAAACCUAACUUUGGCUGAUCGGGCCGUCUUUAAGAUCCUACCGAUGGAACCUCCGAUCAGCGCGGCCGUAAGCUGGAAUCAAGGAUCCCGGGACAAUGUCGAUUAUAUCGUCGAUGAAGCUGGGGGAAGGAGAGCCAAAGACAUCAAGUCGAUUUGUCUGGUCACAGAAAAGUCGCAGCACUUGGAUCAUUGCGUGGAGGUAGGUGUUCAGUCUGAUCAGGAACGCAGCUGGUCUGAAGGUGUUUGGUUUGCCGGCUUGAGGAGUAUCCCGCCAACCUGUCAAAGCCAAAGAUAUCCCUUCAAUGCCAAUUUCAGCCAAGGAUUCUUGAAGGCGACGCCGUGUGAAGAUCGCGGCCUUAUCUCGAAGAUACCGUACAAGCUAUUGGCAAAAAUGGACACGGACGGU